CGACGCGCGGCGCGCGCGACGACGACGCAGGCGGCGGCGCUUGCGUCCCUGCCGCCAUCCCCCUCUCUCUCAGCCCCACGCUCUGCCCCACGCAGCUCCGUCUCGCCUCCGCUCGCCGCCUUCGCGCGCCUCACAUCCGCGUGCGCUGCGUCUCUGCGUCGUGUCGCAUUCCGCGUCUCUCGCGCCCUCUCCUUCUUCGUCACGCCCCCUCCGCCCCGCUCUCCUCUGCUCGCCUGAGCCAGCUCCGACGCGGCCGCUCGCGGCGGCGCGCGUGCGCAGUAGGGCAUCAUGUCCUUCCCCUCUGGCAGCGGCAGCGGCAGCGGCAGCGGUGCCGGGCCGUCGCCGAAGCGCGUCAAGCUCGAGCCAGCAGCGACGGCCGACAUGGCGCUCGACGCGCCGUUCGACUUUGGCGCCGACCUCUUCGGCUCGCCGCUGCCCGGCGGCAGUGCGUCUGCGUCGAACGGCGUUGGCAACAACGGCGCGCAUGCCGCUGGUGCGGGCAACUACUGGAUGUCGCCGCCGGCGCAGUCGGGCGCAAACGUCGAUGCCUCCUCGCUGCUCGCCGCUGCAGACUCGGCCUUUCCGAGCUGGGGAGACUUUGCCCCUGCGCCUCCCUCCUCGCACGCGCCGCAGCAUCAGCAGGGCACAGACUGGGCGGGCAUGGCUGCUGCCGCGGCUGCUGCUGCACAGCAGAACCAGGGCAUGCUGCAUGCGAACAUGCAGGGCGGCAUGGGCGGCAUGCCGCCCGGCAUGGGCAUGGGCUACGGCAUGCCGCCGCCGCCGCAGCAGGGCAUGGGCAUGUAUGGCGCACCCAUGCAGCCGCCUGCGCCGCCGCCGCCGCAGGCGCAGGCGCAGCAGCAGAUGUGGUCUCCUCCUCCACCGCAGCAGCCGUUGCAGCCCGGCCAGCCCAUGGGUCCGCCCGCUGCCGCACAUCCUUCCUCCUCCUCCACCGCCGCGCACCUCCUCCCGCCAGCUGCACCGCCCGGAAAAGACGUGCCGCUCGAGCAUAUCGAGGGAGCACCGCCGGGAAAACAGAGGAAGAAGGCGGCGCCGAAAAAGAAGAAGAAAGAUGCGGAGGCGGGGCAGGAGGCAACACCAACGACAGUGAAGGUGGAGCAGGGAGAGGAGGAGGCGCCGAAGAAGAAACCCCGAGGACGUCCGAAAAAGAACCCCGGCACCACGCCUUCCGCGUCUGGCGCGGGCGCAACGAGUGCUUCACCACACCCCGGCCAAAGCGCGACGCCCGCCCCGUCUGUGCAACCGAGCGCGACACCGGCGCCUACAGCGCCCGCAGCAGCUACUCCUGCCCCGUCCGCCUCUACAGGCGCGGCAGCGCGGCCCGCAGGCAGCGCCACGCCGGCGCCUGUGCGUCUGCCCAUGGCUUCCGCCACGCCCGCGCCGGCACAGCCCGCCGCUGCUGCUGCUCCUGCUGCUCCUACCUCUGCGGCUACUGCCGCGCCGGCCGCUGCGCUGCCGCCGCCGCACUUUGCGCCCGCUCCACAAGCGCAGCCCGGCGCACAGGCGCAGGCGCAGGAUGGAGUUGACGGGCUGCAGGAUGUCGUGGGCAUGUCUGGUGUAGAUUUGCGCGCCGAGGAGGAUGCCAUUCAGCAGCGCGAUGCGCUGGGAGACUCGAUGCAGCAAGCAUACAUGAACAGCACGGGCGGCAAGAUGGGCGAGUCAUUCCUGACGCUGCCCGCGCUGGCAUUGGCCAUGCGCUCCGUCGCUUCGCAACAUGGUCUCGGCAUCGACAUUGAAGCGCUGCACUACCUCUCUCUCGCCACGCAGCAGCGCUUCCGCAAUCUCGUCGCCGCCAUGAUUGCCGCCUCUCGGCAUCGCAACUGGGCCACGCACGAGCGCGAGCCUCCUUCCUGGCGCGAAGAUGCGGCAGAAGGAGAGGAGCCGACGCCGAUGUACCACGUCGCCAUCGACUCGAGGCCCGCUGCUCAACUGGCGGUGCUGGAGCGCGUCGAACGCGUCGAGGAGCAAAGGGCACGCAAGCUGCGCGUCGAGCGUGAGGAGCGAGAGGCCAAUCCUCUGCUGGCUGCUGCUGCUUCUGCCGCUGCUGGCGCCGGCGAGGGCGACUCGGAGAUGCUCGACGGCUCCGGCGGACCGUCGACGCCGCGCGCCGACCUGGCGGGCCGCAAGAAGAUUGGCGCCACGCAGGCGGCCAAGAACAUGAGUGAGGAUGUGCGCCGGCGCCUCGCCAACAACACGGCGGCGCGCCAGCUGGGCGGCGCGAGCACGCCGAAGUGGAUGAGCCUGGCGACGGCGAGCAACUCGGCGCUCAACGGCAGUCCGCUGGCGAGCCGCUCGACGGAGGAGGGCGACGGCACGCCGGGCGGCAGCUCGUUGCCCAAGCCGCGCUUUGCGCCUCUGGCGGGCGCCUCGCUCGGCAAGGCGCUGCCCGGCACGCCCGGCUCCAAAUGGUCCGGGCUCGGCCCGUCCAGCUUUGCGUCGAGCAGCACGCCUACCGGCAUCAAGAGCUCCGGCUGGGCCGACCUCGGCGCGCGGCAGCGCCAGCAGGAGGAGGAGCGCCGGCGCCAGCUGCUCAUGGUGUCGCUGCCCGACGCGCUGCAUGCCCUCGAGAUGGAACGUGCGGCGGGCAAGGGGCGGGGCUCGGGAGAGAAGGCGCUGUUCAGGGCCAGAGCACUGGGAUACGUGGGCGAGAGGAAGAGGGAGGAGGACGAGGAGGAGUGAGAUGCGUUUUAAUGCAAUGGCCACACCCAACGGGAGAGCAAGC